AUGGCUAGGCAUGUUGAAAGAUUAGCAGCCAUCAACGAUGGAGAAGAGCUUUGGAAGAUUGCUGUUAGGAUUCACCUCAUAUGGAAUGUUGUGUCUAACAACAAGGAACAUUUUGAAAUGAUCUUUGGUGAUGAUAUUCAUGUUGUUGUUCCAGCAUCGCAUGUGUCGGUGUUCAACAAAAAAUGCCUAUUAGGUCAUACCUAUAUUGUAUCAAAUUUAAGUCCUGUGAAAUUAACAUAUUUAUAUCAGAUGUCAUUGGAAUGGUGGACAAUAUUGGUUAUGCACAGACUGAUCUGGUGCAAAGAAACAGCAAACAACAACAUGUUGAACUGUACUAUUUGGGAAUCAUAUGCGGACCAGUUCAUCAGGUUUAACAAAUAUAGGGUUGAUGCACCAGUUCCUACAAAUGCAUUGCUUCAGUAUGCCAAAAUGAUGGAAGAAGGAAAGUUUCUUUUGUCCGUGACAAACACCUAUAAUGUCACCCUUUUAUGUGUUGAUGCUGAUUUCCCUCUCAUGAAAGACUUUAUAGAGAAAAUGUCUAAGGAAAGCAGGGUAACUCUAUCUGAUCAACUCGGAUCAAAUUCGCAACUAUCCUCACAGAAUUCUGAAAAUUCUCAGCUUACUCCCGUGCAAAAAUUGUUGUCGAAGGUUGUGGUUUUACCGAUUGCUGAGAUAAUUCAACUUAAGGAUUAUAAGAUUGAGAUUGAGGUUACACAUGGCGGUCAAAGUUGCAAUUUUGUGUUUUGGAACAGAGAAAGUGAAAUGCUCUUGGGUUUAUCUACAUCUCAACUUCGUAAUACUAUGAUCGAGUGUGGAAUUACUGAUCCAUUGGACUUCCCAUUAGCACUUGAUCAGAUGUUUAAGUUGGAAAUGGCUAUUAAGGACCUGGAAAUUACUUCUGAGCACAAACCUGAUGCUGUCGCACCUGCUGGUAAAAGGCAUUUUCCUGGUGCAUCAAGUGAAUCCACUACUUUGGAAGGAUUAUGUGAUGGAGAAAUUUCAUCAAAUAAGCUCAAGAAGAUAAUUAAAUCAUAG